AUGGAGGGGUGCGUUGGCGGGGUGCUCAAGCCGGCGGGCUACUGGAGGCGUGCCGGCGUGCUGAAGCACCAUCUAGGCGGCGCCGGGUCGGUGUUAUUGCCCGAGUCGCUGACCGAGCUCAACAUCAGCGGCAGCGUCGUCGGCAACGAGGGCGCCAAGGCGCUGGCCUCCGCUUUGCGCGUCAACGGGGUAUUGACCAACCUCAACCUCGGCCAGGACUACAACAUCGGCGGCAUUGGCGACGAGGGUGCCAAGGCGCUAGCAUCCGCUCUUCGCGUCAACGCGGUAUUGACCGAGUUGCGGCUCGACGAGAACAGGAUCGGCGACGAGGGCGCCACCGCGCUGGCCUCCGCUCUUCGCGUCAACGGGGUGCUGACCACCCUCGCGCUCCCGCACAACAACAUCGGCGCGGAGGGCGCAGCCGCGAUCGCGGAGGCGCUACGCGGCAACGCGGUGCUGACCGAGUUGCGGCUGGGCGCGAACGAGAUCGGCGGCGAGGGCGCCAAGGCGCUGGCCUCCGCUCUGCGCGUCAACGGGGUGCUGAAAAACCUCGACCUCGGCGAAAACGAGAUCGGCGACGAGGGCGCGAAGGCGAUCGGCGGCGCUCUCGCAGUCAACGGGGUGCUGACCACCCUCAACCUCGCCAACAACCAGAUCCGCGACCAGGGCGCCGCUGCGAUCGCGGAAGCGCUGCGCGGCAACGGGGUAUUGACCGAGUUGCAGCUCGGCGCGAACUAUAUCGGCGGCGAGGGCGCCAAGGCGCUGGCCUCCGCUCUGCGCGUCAAUGGGGUCUUGACCAGCCUAAACCUCCAGAACAACUUCAUCCGCGACGAGGGCGCGACCGCGAUCGCCGAGGCGCUGCAGGGCAACGCGGUAUUGACCUCCUUGGACGUGAGCUACAACAGCUUGACCGAGGAGGCGGCCCUCGGCAUCGUGCGCGUCGAGCGGCAGCGCAACAAACUCACCUCGCUGGGCUUGAGUCGCUGCAGCAUCGGCCCAACUGGCGCCGCAGAGAUCGCCGAGUACGUGUCGGGCAGCGGGGUGCUGAAAAACAUCGACCUCAGCUACAACAGUUUGGGCGAUGAGGGAAGGAAAGCGAUUCACGAUGCGGUGAGCGGGCGGGAAGGGUUCGAGCUCUUGAUGUGA